AUGGCUCUUGAGUCUCUCGACAACGGUGUUGUAUUUUGGAUUGCAUCGAACGGGUCGCCAAAUGAUUCCGUCAUCGCGUUUCUCUCUACUGUCCUGGAGACUCUACGAAGAGAACCUAACUCGACGGAAGCAGAAAGAGAAACAAUAACAGCGAUGCUAACAGCUAGAUACAUUCAGUUUGCGACUCCAAGAUUGAAAAAAGAACGUGGAAUCCUAAAUCGGUCUACGCGUUUCUGCGAGGCUUACUUAACAGCCAAUCUCGACACUAUUCAGACACCUGGUGAGACAGAAAUACUCCUAAAGAGACAUUUAGCUGACCAGAAACUAGGAGUUACCGCUUUACUAGACUGGCUGUCCCAAUUCUCUUCUGCUACAACCGACCCUUUGAUCCUUUGUCGGGCUGCUUACAAUGCUCGCCAUGCUCCUCAGAUAGCAACACUAGAGGCUUUACAACAGGAGCUGAGAGUAGCUCCAAAAGGAACAGCAGAAGCCUUUCGCUCUGUCAAACAUGUUAUUGGCCGUCUGGCUGAGAAGAUCCGCACACCUGUCAAUCUUGUUAAUGACUCACGUCAGCUGAGGCCGCUUCUAAACUCCUACGAAAUCAGAAGAGUAGAAGCCCCAGUCGCAGCAAAGAUGCCUAUGACAGAUGGUUUGAGAAACCUGGAUUCUAUACUCAGGAGAAUGCUUCCAGCAGGCGAUUCGCGCCUUAAGGAUAUGCAAGCAUAUCUUGGGCAAUUGGACGGCUCAAUUCGGCUUGAAGAUGCGAUCAGAGCUAUGCAUGACGAUGAUGAAACGAAUCAUGGCGUCCAUGCGGAGAUCCAAGUGCUCGAGGACUUUCAUCGCAAUGGACGCAAGUUUGUAGGCCGUGAUCGUUACAUAGCCUGUAGCAAGCUUGCUUGCUUGUGCUGCAGACUAUACUUCAAAUGGCACCCGGGCAGAUUUGUUGAGCCUGAAUCUCAUCAAAAGUCAUAUCUCACUUGGCGUCCUAUCGAUCUACCUGAGGGUGGGGAGAGUCAGCACUGGCCAGACCAGCGCCGCGUUUUGGCAAAUAUUAGCAAAGAGCUAAGCAACCUUGUAGAGGAGCAGAUUAUAUCCCAACAGCAACCGGCUCCAUGGCAGCCGGACUCGGUGACAAAUAUCACUGCGGUCAUGGGAUCUGUCUCGCUUUCGGAAGGUGGAGAAGCGUUUGAGAGCGGCGAUGGACAAAGUAACGUCACAGAUUCUGAUUCACUGGCACAUCUCAAUGACGACGAGACUAUUGAUAACACCGAUGAUGACUCUGGAGAUAGUUACGAGGAAUCGGAUGGAGGUGUAGGUUUGGGUGACUGA